CCGUAGACGCGCGCGAACCGUGUGUUAUGGCUCUCAGGCCUCAGAGGACUUUCAGGCGGCGUCAGGUCGAGUCCAGCGACAGCGACAGCGAUGGUCCAGAGGAGCGGCCUGCAGAGGAGCCGGGAGAGCCAGGCCGGCCAUCUGCGGGCGGAAGAGCAGAGGGAGUAGAACCGCUGCGCAGGGCCCGUGGCGCCCGGGGCCGAGGUCGGGUGUGGGCAAGCUCCAGGCGCAGCCCCGGAACUGCUUCCCGCGGCGCAGGUGUCCUCUUAGAAUCCAAAACAGUCGAUCUCUCAGCGGAUGAAGGGGAAGGAGCAGAUUCCUCAUCGGAAGGUGAGGAGGAUUCAGUGGAUGAAGGGGAAGAGGCACAUCCCUCAUCGGAAAGUGAGGAGGGUUCAGUGGAUGAAGGGGAAGGAGCACAUCCCUCGUUGGAAAGUGAGGAGGGUUCAGCGGAUGAAGGGGAAGGAGCACAUCCCUCGUUGGAAAGUGAGGAUGAUCAGAGUCCAUCCUCUAACCGCUCUAGUUCUCUGGAAGAGAAAGAAGUUUCACCCACAGUUAAGAUCCCUGAUGCAGCUUUUAUUCGGGAAGCCCGCAGAAAACGUGAAUUGGCCAGGACCCCAGGUGACUAUAUUUCACUGAACGUAAACCAUCCCUCCACCACUUCUGACCGGAAGAAGAGCAAUGAGGACGACCCGGAAAGUGAUCCUGAUGACGAUGAAAAGAGAAUACUAUUUACCCCAAAGCCUCAAACACUCAGACAAAGAAUGGCUGAAGAAACAUCAGUCAGAAAUGAAGACGCAAGCGAAGAGAGUCCAGAAGAUGAAAAUCAGGACAUUUGGGAACAACAGCAAAUGAGGAAAGCAGUCAAGAUCAUACAGGGACAAAACAUAGACCUUUCCUACAACAGUGGGUCUCAAACACUGAAGAAGUUUGAUACUUCUGUUUCAUUUCCACCAGUAAAUUUGGAAAUUAUAAAGAAACAAUUAAAUAAUAGAUUAACAUUACUACAGGAUACUUAUCGCUCGCACCAGAGAGAAUAUGAAAAAUACGAACAAGACAUCAAGAGUUCAAAGACUGCAAUCCAGAACCUGGAGAAUGCACCAGAUCAAAAUCUAAACUACAAAUUCUACAAAGGCAUGAAAAUUUAUGUGGAAAAUAUAAUUGAUUGUCUAAAUGAAAAGAUUAUCAGCAUUGAGGAACUAGAAUCAUCCACGCGCACGCUGCUUUUAAAACGAUCAGAAGCACUUUUGAAACGCAGGCAAGAUGAGCUAAAAUGGGAAUCAUCCUAUCUGCAACAGUUAUCACGCAAAGCUGAGACAUCGGCAAAUGGAAGCUUGGCCCUAGAUGACAAGGAUCAACGGAUUCUGGAAGAGAUUGAAGCACGAAGGAUGCAGAGAAGACAAGCAAGGGUGCUCGCUGGCAACUGUGACCAUCAGGAAGGGACUUCUAGUGACGAUGAGCUGUCUCCUGCAGAGAUGACCAACUUCCAAAAACGCCAAGGUGACAUUUUACAAGAUUGUAAGAAAGUUUUUGAAGAUGUGCAUGAUGAUUUUUGUAACGUCCAGAAUAUUUUAUUGAAAUUUCAGCAGUGGCGAGAAAAGUUUCCUGAUUCCUACUACGAAGCCUUCGUUGGUUUCUGCUUACCAAAGCUUUUAAGUCCCCUGAUACGAGUUCAGUUGCUUGAUUGGAAUCCUCUUAAGUUGGACUCCAUAGGUCUAAACCAGAUGCCCUGGUUCAUAUCCAUAACAGAGUUUAUGGAUGGCAGCAUGGAAGAUGCAAAGAAGGAAGAUGAGUCGGAUAAAAAAAUUCUGUCUGCUGUCAUCAACAAAACAGUUGUUCCUCACCUUACAGAUUUUGUAGAGUUCAUUUGGGAUCCCCUGUCAACCUCACAGACAAGAAGUUUAACAGUGCACUGCAGACUGGUGUUUGAACAUUCCGCUUCUGAAAAUGAAGUUAGUAAGAGCAAACAGGAUUUACUUAAAUCUGUUGCUGAAAGAAUUAAGAAGUCAAUAGAAGAUGAUGUUUUUAUUCCUCUAUAUCCUAAGAGUUCUGAAGAAGGAAAGAUGUCACCACAUUCAAAGUUCCAAGAAAGGCAGUUCUGGGGGGCUCUAAAGCUCUUCCGCAAUAUUCUUCUUUGGAAUGGACUUCUCCCAGAUGACACCUUACAAGAUCUAGGACUAGGGAAGCUGCUGAAUCGCUAUCUUAUUAUUGCUCUUACCCAUGCCUUCCCUGGACCAGAUGCUGUUAAAAAGUGCAGCCAGAUAGCUGCCUGUCUACCAGAGAAAUGGUUUGAGAACUCUGCUAUGAGGACAUCAAUUCCCCAACUAGAAAACUUCAUUCAGUUUUUGUUGCGGUCUGCACGUAAAUUACCCACAAGUGAAUUCAGGAAUGAAGUCAAUGAAAUAAUUCUUAUCCUGAUGAAGGUAAAAGCUUUGAGUCAAGCCGAAUCCCUUAUAGAGGAAUAUCACCUGGAGCCCCCCACACCCCCAGUUACAGGCGUUUGAGUGCACUGUGGGAGGUGUUGAGAGUCAUUGAUGAAAGUGCUCAGUUCUACUCCUGGAGGCCGUCCUUCCUGGUGCUGUGUGACCGAGGGCACUACCUGCACAGCAGCAGCUGUUCUUCCUCAGGCUGAGAAGGAGUUGAAAUUGGAUACACAGAAGCAUGUCCAGAGUUAAACCCAUCAUCAGCUUUGGCAUCCCCUUUGGGGGGGGGGCGUUCUCUGUUGCUUUGGAACCUGUCCUGGAACUAGCUCUUGUAGACCAGGCUGGCCCUGAACUCAGAGAUCCACCUGCCUUUGCCUCCUGGGUGCUGGGAUUAAAGGUGUGUGCCACCACUGCCCAGCCAGCUUUUAAAACUCCCACUGUUUACAAAUCAACUAAUGAGGAAAUCUUAGAAUGAACUGCUUAAUUAUGAGAUGGUUAACACAUUUUUAUAACAAAUUGUCCUUCCAAAAUCUGUACUAGUUGAUUGUAUGAACUCAGUGCUAGUGAGUCUCCAGAUUUUUAAUUCGUUGUUAAUUUGUUAGGAAAAAAAUCUUUUUAAAAAAGGUUUAUUUUUAUAUGUGUGGUUAUGUAUACACCUGGGUGACUUUAUGUGCACCACUUCCAUGCAGAGACCUGGAAGGGCCAGAGGGCAUCAGAUUCCCUAGAACUAGGGGUCCAGGAGAUUGUGGCCCACCUGAUACAGAUGCUAGGAGUCAAACCCAGGCCCUCAGGAAGAGAUCUUAACCACUAAGUUGUUCCUCCAGCCCCUGUUAAAGAAGGAAGACAUAUUGGUUUGGGUCAUCUGUAAUUUUUUGUGAACUAUAUCCAUCUUUUUCUAGAGACUUAUUAUACUUCCAUAUUAAAAAUAAUAUUGAUCUUUUGCCUGUCCUCUGGCAAAUAAUUUAUCAGAAAACUUAACAUUUUUCUUUGAAUUUUAAGGGUUUGUUUUUUUGAUAAUGAAGUUAUCACUUGGUAGCAAGUUGGGCUUUUUUGUUUUGUUAUCAUUCACGGUAGAAUUUAAAAGGCCACUGCAAUUUUAAAUACAAAAAUGUAAAGUAUUUGUCUUAUUAAGGAAGUCUAAGGCAAGGUAGUUAAGAAAUUAGGAAUUUUUUGCAAAAUCAUUUUAUUCAUGUUAAGUCUGUUAAGCUACUCAGUGAUGACCCUGUGUAUAAAUCAUUGCCCUAAAGGUAGUUGGAAAAUGUUGGUUAUAUUGUAAGAUGUGACUCUGGCCCACAUUUACACACUUAGAAGUCCUACUUUCAAGACUGCAUGUAAUGUGAACAGCUGACAUGCUAUCGCUGUAGCAGUGAAAGCUUGUGGUUCUCUACGUGAAGAUGUUAAAACUGUUAUACAGACCGCACAAACAGAAUCCCACAUAGACAGCCCAAACACUGCUGAAUCCUCAGUUCAUGUUAAUGUCGUUUUAGACAGCUGCUCAUUACAAAAGCACAUGUAUAUGUGUACAGAAAGUUUUGUAUAUAAAUGGCAAAGACUUUAUUACAUUAAAUUUCCACGGUUUUG